GAGUAAUGACGUUCUAUCUUGCAGCCAUCGUUCUAAAUAGCAAUUUUCACUCUCAAGAUCUUGAGUGGAACAAAAGUCCAAUACAAGCAUGUCGCUCCGAUGUCACAUGUGUGGCAUGAAUCUUGGUGAUACUGAGAUCGAUUGGAUGAACAAUCUAUAUAUUAAAACUCUGAAAAUAUCCCGCCGCAAAUUACACUACUUUCACGGCUUGUCGAAGACCUAUAGAGCUGGACAUGAUGAUGACGAUGGCUCGGUCAAUUUCGGCGUUCACUCAGCAUGCCUUCAAAUCCUUUCAAAGGCUCUCCAAGCUAUAGGGCUCAUGGGAAUUCCCACUACCCUCUGUAUGCUUCUACAAGAUAUCCAUUUUCACGUGAUGUUCCAGACAGACAGAGCUGCAACCUACAUUGAUCGUGACAGCCGCUCUGUAUCAUGUCAUUCCAUUCCGUGUGACGAAGAUGAAGAUUCAGUGUUUGCACACCCUCUUCCAGUUUUCUGGGAAGACCUAGAAGACUGUCACCUGCCGGAGAGAGACGAAGAGAAAGCCGUGAUUGCAAUUCUCCAGCGUUCAAAAACCGAUCAACUGCUGAAACUCCCUUGUGAAGUCAUGUCCCUGGUGCUGCAGUACUUGCCUCCGGCAGACCUUCAUUGCCUAAGGGCCAUCAGCCUAGCCGCAAGGCUUGCAACGCUCUCGAAUCAUUUCUGGAGGAACCGCUACGAAGCUGACAUUCCAUAUGCUGAUCUGAUCAGCGGGAGGGGUGCUUCUACAUUCGAAGUCAAAUAUAAGAUUCUAACCCGGAACCUAAAUCAUGGAACUGGACGAGCGGCUUUCUCAUUGCAAAACCUGCACAGAAUCUAUUACCAUGCUCAUAGACUGUGCAGCGUUAUAUCCUCCAGAGUACCUCUUGGUCCAAAAAGAGGGUUUAUUCCAGUUUCUUUGCUAGCCGCCCCUAUCCAUAUCUCAUUUCUUCGAGUCGGACGUUCAGCCUUUAUCGCUGGUCUAUGGUCUUCGUUAGAUGAGUCCUUCGGGUACGGCUAUCGUUAUUAUGGUGAGCCGACCAAAUCAUUCAAUCAUUACAAGAGCCGAUGCAGUCCUUGCUCUGGCCAAGUUGUGCUUUAUGGAGCAGAAAGUGGUAUUGUUGGUCUAGGAUUCAAACAAAGCUCUUCCGAUGAGGUAUAUAUUGGUCUUCAAAAUUCCGGGACAGAUUGCAUAUAUCACGGUGUAGGGUCAUACCAGGAACGCGACGGAUUAUAUCUCGAAUUCGAUAGUCUGAAACUCAGAGGAGUAAAAUUCGGGCCUGAAAACGAGCUGGUAUCACCGUUACUGUGGACACCACAUUUAUUACCCUCAUCCUGCCUUGCCAUUGACGUUUCAUCUCGAAUUCAGCUGCAUGAAUCGGAGCCUCGGCAUCUUUGCUACUUUGGCAAUCCAAAGGACAAUUUACUGGAGAAAUUAGUCCAGAUAAAUGCAUUUUUUACGCGUCAAGAUGAAGCUAUUACCGGAUUAGAAUUUGAGUAUUACCAGAAGCCAUCAAUAAAGUGGGGCCCCUGUGUUGGUAGCCGUCUUUGCAGGGUCAUUGAUGGUCCGGGCGGUGAAAGGAUAGUUUCUGUAGAAGUCUCAGCUACGGACCGAGGCAUAGAAUCAAUCAUACUAUAUACCAACUCACAACGCAGGCUUGUGCUCAAUUCAACUUCAACUCCAAAUUCCUCCUUGGUCACAGACAAAAGCACCAAUGUAAUAGUUAUAACGGGCUUUUUUGGCCUCUUCCGGAAUACCUCAGUUUCAUCAACGGGGAGUCCAUCUUUGAAGACCAUCGGCAUACUAUCAGAGUCAUCAGACCUGCCAGCAGUAAUCUCAAAGCAAGAUAGAACAGGCGAUGGAACUGUUCCUCUGCAUGCACUUCGAAAAGUGUCGCAACCAGUCUGGAAAACAUGUGUUGCAUCUGCUUCUGCAGAAGAAGUUUCGAAAAUUACUGUUCGAAUUGAUACCCAUGGAAGGGUGGCCGGCAUGAAAUUCACCUACAACAAUUGCGCACUCGACAGCAUCUUUGGAGACUAUCAGACUGGUAACAACGAUGAGGAAAUUCACGAAGCAUGUUUGUCGUUCGGGGAAGAUCUCUUGGGAAUCCGCUGCUCUUAUCACCGUAAAAGUAAAAAUUACGAUCGAAAGACCCUGCGAGGUUUGGAAUUCUCGACAUCCAGGCGCGUUCUGACUUUUGGUGAGACCUCAAACGGACUCUGCUCUGUCGAGCACCACGUGCUCGAGUCAAAUACAGGAAAGUGGAUAUACUGGGUCUACAAUGCUCUGUACGACCAUUUACUUUCUAGCUUUUGAUAUACGACCUUUUGUUCUUCGCAGCU